AUCUUACGUAUGUAUCAACCGACAGCUUUCUAGAAUUCAACAUAUCGUCGUAUGUAUCAACCGUCAGCUUUCUAGAAUCCAACAUAUCGUCGUAUUGCCCAAAUCAAGAUAUGAUGAUCAAAAGACAUCCAACACGUACGCUUCAGACUUGAUCUCUUGUCUGAACAAUUGCAUCUCCACCCUCUCAUCUAUGCCGAGACAGUAACUCUAUCGUAAAUCCAUAUCAAAAAUAUUUCUAGAAACAUAUUUCUCGCUGUCUCGUUGUCGACUUGUUGCACCAUCGCAUCCGCAUCUCACGGCAACGAUAAAUGAUCCACGUUGGCUUGCCAGUGACAUCAAAUGACACCAUGAAUGUUCCACCACACACCACCACCACCACCACCAAAAACCAAAAACCAAAAACCAAAAACCAAAAAACCAAGGUCGAUUCAUCUAAUCUUACCUCGUAGUAACUAAGUAAGUAAUAAGUGCUAGGUUAGAGCAAUCGAUUUCCUUUUCUAUCCUUUCAUUCUUUCCUUCUUGUAACCUUAUCCUUGUGUUCUGUUUCUUCCUUCCUUCCUUCCUUCCCUUCCCUCCUGUCUUUCCUCCAUCUUCAUCGACAAUAUCAAUACCAUACAUAAUUCAACAUGGUAGGUCAUCGAAGCCGAACAACUGGAAAUGAUAGUGCAUAUGAUGCCAAACAGAGUACAUAUCUCCGUCGAGACUUAGAACAAGGCAGACCAUCCAAAGAUAGAAAAUAUAGAUUUCGUGAUCAUGGCCCUUUGGAACCAGAUGAUCGAAGACGAGAAGAAUUCAAGACGAAGUUGUUAGAUGGAGUCAAAAAAUCGAGUUUAGAGGGCUUUCGCAAGAAUGAUGAAGAGCUCAAAGGAAUGCCCAAGUCCGUCCGCGGUUUCUACGAAGAACAAAACAAUCGACUAGACGACUGGCUCGAAGUAAACGCUCUCGUCCAAGCCCUCGCAGACGACAUUCUCGAAUCCUUCGAUCCACGAGACGACAACGGAGACGGAGUAGCAGAAGGCGGCGGCGCCUUACAAGAUACCCAAGGAUUUGUCGAACCCUUCUUACCCGAUGCCGAACAAGAAAAACGUCAAAAAGCUCGCAGGAGCGCAAAAUGGGCGAUCAAUAUAAAUGUCAUCGCGAAUGUCAUCUUGCUAAUUGCGAAAGCGGUUGCGGCGUUUUAUUCUUCGUCUCUUUCUCUCAUUGCUUCGUUGGUGGAUUCUGCGCUUGAUCUUUUGUGUACGGUGAUUGUAUUCAUGACGAAUCGAUUAGUGCAAUGGCGAUUAAUGAGCUUGAAACGAAAAUUUCCCGUCGGAAGAAAAAGAUUGGAACCGAUUGGAAUUCUGGUCUUCUCAAUCAUCAUGAUUAUUUCAUUUCUACAAAUUCUUCAGGAGUCGGCUCAGAAACUCAUGUCCAAGGGUCCGCAUCAAGCAAAGGAAUUACCGGUUAUUGCGAUUGCGUCGAUGGCGGGUACGAUUGGUCUCAAGGGAUUUAUUUGGUUCGGUUGUAUUAGGAUUAAAACUACUCAGGUACAAGCUUUGGCUCAAGACUGCAAAACCGACGUCAUCUUCAACACCCUCUCCCUCAUCUUCCCCUACAUCGGCCACGCCGCCAACCUCUGGUGGCUGGACCCCCUCGGCGCGGGUCUCCUCUCCCUCUUCAUAAUCUACGACUGGGCAUCCACCUGUCUGGAGAACAUAUUCCGUCUCACCGGCUCCGCAGUCGAUGAUCGACUCCAGCAAAAACUCACCUUCCUCGCGUGGCGCUUUGCCCCGCUGGUCAAUGGAUACAAAAGUAUCACGGCGUAUCAUGCGGGCGACGGGGUGUGGGUUGAAGUUGAUAUUUUAUUGUCCGAGGGAACGACGCUCGAGGAGGCACAUGAUGUGGCGGAAACGUUGCAGUAUUGUUGUGAGGGGUUGCCGGAGGUGGAUAGAGCGUUUGUCACGUGUGAUUAUGCGGUGCAGGGACCCUCGGGGCAUGCGAUGGAGGGGGUAAAUUAGGAUGGGGAUGAGGGGGGGUGGGAGAUGGAGUUUUUGGGUUUAGAAAUGGUGGGGGGAAGGUGUGAUGAAUUGGAAGUGUUGGAUAAAUCAAUGUGUCGGAGGAAGAAAAGAAGAAAAGCAGGAGAUUUAAUGAUUGAGAUGAAUCUCGUAGUUGGAUGGACAUCAAAGUAUAAUGAUGAGAUGAAGAAAAUGCGUUUUUGUCAGAUAGGAGUAGGAUGAUUGGGCUUUUAGGCGCUUAUGGGUAUAGGACGGUUGCAGAGCAUAGUGCAGAAGGCGUUGAAUAGUUUUUAAAGCAUAACAUACAUAGAACGUUUCGCGAGGUACGAGAGAAUAUUGAUAUUGAAACUUACUCUAUAGUAGGGAUAUAUAUCAAAAUACGUGUUACAAAGCUCAAUAUCAGUAUUGUAU